GCUCAGCUAAUUGAAGAGGCGGGAUUUGUUUAAAUUCCGCACUGAGGACGACAAUGGCCGGGAAUCAGUUCACACUGAUAUGAACGAGGCGUUAUAUUGACACGGCACGACGCUGCUUGUGUUCUACAUUUCUGUCAUGUCUGAAAGCGAAAGCGCAAACGACUUUAGUAAAAUAGAUGAUUCGGCAGAAAAAGCGCGCGAAUCUCCAGAAACAGGAGCCACUCCACCAGCACCGUGCACUCAGGUAUCAGAUAUACACAAUGCACCUGAAGCCACCAGCGCGUCCCACACUUCAGCCAAAGAGUCAGUACCUCCAGAGGAAAGUAAUAUUCAGGCAUCACAGCCAUCUGAGGCACUCAAAAAGGAUCCUACUAAAGCUGAAGCUCUUUCCUCCAACAUGCUCCCCAACCCUGCUACACCUGUGACCUCCACUGUAACAUCUGCCUCCAUGGCUCCACCAUCAAAAGUCAUAGUGAGCUCUGCUGCGUCUGUCAGAUCUUCCACGCCACUGGUGGUGGGGGCGAGAGUGGUGUCAGCGGCUAUUACAGCAGCUGCGGCUAGUGGACAGAUCUCAGCUUCACAUCCUGGAGGACUCACUGUGAUAUCUAACCAGGUCAGACCUCCAGCAGUGACCCAAGCUCCACUCCGAGCAGCGAUCAUGACUUUGCCGCGGUCAUCGACUUUGCCGCAGAAUGCAACUGUGCCACGGAGCCCUCAGACUACAUCUCUCCAUCUACCUGCCAACUUCCAGAUCCCACAAGGUAUGGUUUUAAUACGCAGUGACAGUGGGCAGUUAAUGUUGGUUUCCCAGCAGGCUUUGGCUCAAGCACAGGCUCAGGGCUUAGUGCAAAAAUCAUCCAAUGUCACUACAACUGUAAGACCACAAGCCUCCCAGCCAACAGCCACGUCUAUCAUCAGAGUCUCUCUCCCAUCUUCAUCUGCAACGGUCGCCACCUUAGUAAAACCUGCCUCCUCGUCAGGAAAGGCUGUUCUGAUGCCCAGCUCCACCAUGAGCACUGCCAUAAUCAACGCCACCACUACAGGAAGCACUAUUAUUAAACCCCCCUCAGUGUUGGGGACAGGCCUAAAGCCAAGCUCCAUUACAGGGCCCACUGUCAUUAAAGCUACCUCUGCUCAGAAACCUCCGAUAAGCACCGCAGCAGGGACCAUAAGCCAAAGGACCAUCGCUGGCACCAAUGUUGCUUCUACAUCUGUAGUGAAGUCUGUUGGCAAGACAUCACUUUCUUCAACAGUUACUCAAAACAUCCACCCAGUUGGCAGUGGCCCCCGAAAUAUCUCCCCGAAUAUUCCCUUCAAAGCCAGCAGCAGCAAAGUGUCCACCCCGGUCACGGUCACAGCCGAGAAGUUGGAGAAUGUAAAGAAAUGUAAAAACUUUCUGAUCACGCUAAUGAAGCUGGCAUCGAGUGGGACCCGCUCACCUGACAUGGCACAGAAUGUUCGAGCUCUGGUCAAAGACCUGCUGGAUGGACGACUGGAAGCUGAGGAGUUCACUGAAAAACUUUACAUGGAGCUGAAAUCAUCCCCACAACCGUACCUGGUGCCCUUUCUUAAAAGAAGCCUUCCUGCUGUGCGUCAGCUCACCCCAAACUCACAACUGUUCAUCCAACAGUGUGAGCAGCCCAAAGCCUCCUCUUCAUCCAUAAUCAGCAGCAGCACCCAGAAACAUAGCCUUUCUUCUUCCACUACCAUUUCUCAGCCUGUCCGAGGCAGUGUACCAGCCAGACCCCCUCAAAUGGUGAUCCAGCAAACCAAAGGAGUGAUUGUGGAGCAGCGUGUGACAGCCUCACCUCGUGUUGUGUUGCCAGUGCAGAACCACACACAGCCCAAGCAGCCAGUCAUUCAGACCAACACACAGGCAGCAGCUGGAGGUUUUAAGAGGCAAUAUUCUCUCCAGGCAUCUAAAACCCCCUCUGGAUCAACUCAAGCAGCACAAACACAAAAUUUCAAGGACAGCACCUCAGGCUCAUUCCGUGAUGAUGAUGACAUAAAUGAUGUGGCGUCCAUGGCGGGUGUUAAUGUGAACGAGGAGAACGCUCGCAUUUUGGCGUCCAGUUCAGAGCUGGUGGGAACAGUGGUGCGCUCAUGCAGGGACGAGCCCUUCCUCCAGAUCACAGCACUGCAACAGAGAGUGCUUCAAAUUGGUAAUUCUCUGGGUGUUGCAGAGGUGAAUCCAGAUGUGCUUGGGUUACUUUCUCAUGCCACACAGGAAAGACUUCGUGAUCUGCUGGAAAAACUCACUGUUAUAGCACAUCAUCAUAACAUCUCUUACAGGGCUACCCUCUGUUAGGGUCCACCCAUCUCGCUCUCAACCCUGACCAGUUUCCCAGUCCCUGCUUAUGAAAAGCAUCCCUACACUGUGAUGCUACCACCACCAUGCAUCACUGUGGGGAUGGUGUUCUCAGGGUGAUUAGGAGUGAUGGGUUUCUAUAGUGCACUAUAUUGCUUCUAUAGUGCACCAUAGUGCACAAAGAACUUCUAACAUAGUGCUUUGUGCCAAAAAAUCAGACCAGAGAACCUUUCCCACGUUUUCUCCAGCAUGCUUUUCGGCAAACUCCAUAUGGGAUUUUGUCGUUAAUAACGUCUUUCUUUGCACGUUGUGGAGUGUCUGGGCUUUCCUAUCUGAGCUGUGGCUCUCUACAAUUGCUUCAGAGUUACUCUUGGCCUCUUGGUUAUUCUCUGACUAUCGUCCUCCUUACUCUUCUAAGCAGAGUCACAGUUGCUCUGCCAGAUGUGGGGUGUUCUUUUUUUGUUUUUUAUUUUUUUUAAACAAACCCUGAAUUAAACUUUCCCAGAACUUUGUUGUUUGGAGUUGUUUUGAUAGGUCAUUGGUCUUCAUGAUGCUGUUUGUUUAGGUAUGUUCACUAACAAACUCUGGGGCCUUCCAGGAACAUGUGGAUUUGUAUUGAGAUCACAUGGCACUUUAAUUACACACUGGUAGAUUCCAUUCAACUCCAUUUAAUAUGACUUCUGAUCUCAACUGGUUGUACCAGAACAAAUUUUUGGGUUUCACAGCAGUGAGGGUUAAUGCUUAUGCAAUCAAAACUUCUACAUUUAAUUUAUUUUUUAACAAUUAUAAAUAAUUUUGCAAUGUAAAUCCCCCCCCCCAAUAAUAAGGACUAUUUUAUGCAGAUUUAUAAGAAAAUCCCAGUUAAGUAUAUUUCAGUUCUAGGUUGUAACAUUACAGAAAUGGAGAAAAGUUCAAGGGGUUGAAUACUUGUGCAAGGCACCAUAGAAGUAAUGCAAAACAAAGAUAUGAAGAGUCUGUGGAUUUGAGUCAAAAACUGAAUGAAUAGGUACUGAAUGCUGUUAAAGCUUAAAUGCACGUUUCCGG